AACGUAUGAAGAUAGAACUUAGGGAAUACUUCCUUGCGAAUGCAACAGGCGAGGUCACGGACUACACAGUGUGGUCCGCACACAAAGCGGUGAUGAGGGGCCAGUUCAUCAGACAAUCAGCGUACAUAAAGAGACAUCAUCAGACCACCCUACUAGAAUGCCACAAACAGAUAGCGAUACACACAGCCCAAAACAAGAAAACACCCACGGCAGCCCUAGCAGACAAAUUAAGAGGUCUGUAUCAGGACCUAAAUGAGCUCAAUGCCCACAAGACCCAAUAUCUCCUACAUAGACUAAGAGCCACCACGUACCACCACAGCGGCAAG